AUGAUCCGCUCCGACUUCCCUGGCUUUGAUACAGCCAUGAUAGUUCCCUCUGUCGCGGUCCCGGGUCGCUAUCUCGUCGUGAAGUUAAUGGUCGAGGACUCUCCUGUUUACAUCCACAAUGUGUACGCCCCUGUUGAUCGCCGCGAGAAGCAUCAAUUCUUCUCACAAUUGGACACGGCGGAGUUUGAGGACCACGCGACGCACUUGGUGCUGGGAGACCUCAACACGCCGCUCGAUCCUCGUCUCGACUCUUGUUCAUCCGACCGACGUCAUGACCCUGGACGGUUAAGCUGCCUCGAGUGGCUGUCACAGCUCGGGGUUGUUGAUGCCUGGCGGAUACAUCAUGACACCAAGCGCGUCUUCACUGGUCCCCUACCCCGGAGAAAUCGAUUGGACUACAUUUUACUAUCGGACGACUUCUGCACGCGCUUCUACGGUGACUCCAAGUACUUCCUACCCCAGCAUGCGGGUGAUCAUCUCGCCCAAAGUUUGCUCUUGCAUUCAGGAGAGCAGCUACACGGCCACGGUUACUGGAAGUUCCCGCGUUAUUUACUGGAGUAUCCAGUUGUUGUACAGGCCAUCGAGCGCGAGGCUGACAUGGUCCUUGAGCAAUUGCGUAUCGCUCCUAACCCGGGCAAGGUCUGGGAGAAAUGGAAGGUCCGCAUCAAGCGUCAACUACAAGAUGUUCAAGCGAAGCUCCGGCAGCAGAACUCGCAAGCAGUACUGGAAGCUCGAAGUCAGCUUGACCGGGCCGCGUCCGUAUACCGUGUGUCUGCAGCCGUCUCCGACCGCGAAAUCUUUAAUGAGGCACUCCGAAAUUACAAGGAUAUCGUAACUUGGGAGGGCCGGCACAAUCAAGACAAGUCGUUUGACUUCCAAGUGGCCAAAUCUGAGAAGUCUACUCGCCAUUUCUUUCGUCCGGUCGACACGACCUUGCGGCGCGUCUCCAUCGAAGAAGUGGACACACCAGGCGGAGGUGUCUCCAAUAACCCGCUCGAGAUCUCUCUCCGUUUCCUCGAGCACUGGGGAUCAAUGAUGGGAGACCCAUGCAGCCCGACCGGUACAGCCCCUCCUCCUGACGACGUGAUGCAGCAAAAGCUGCUCAACUCGAUCACCCGCGUUGUUUCCGACGUUGAUCAUGCCAUUCUCAAUCCUCCGGUCACACGUACGGACCUGGCGGCAGCGAUUCGCCACAUGAAGUCCACGUCAGCUCCGGGUAUGGAUGGGCUGACGGCUGGAUUUUACCAGGUGGCUCCGGAUGUGUUCGGCGCGUGCUUGAGCCUUGUGUUUAACAAUCGCCUACUACAUGGUACACUGCUUCCAUCGCAGCGCAAAUCAGCGGUAGUCCUACUACACAAGAACGGAUCCCGUGCUUUCCCUGGAAACUACCGACCCAUCUCACUCGUGCAGGUUGACGUGAAGGUGCUUUCCAAAGCUCUAACGUACCGGCUGCAGCACGUCAUUAUGGACCUGAUUCAUCCUGAUCAAAAGGGAUUUGUCAAGGGCCGUUCGAUACACCAUCAUGCUCGGUUUCUUGCGGAUCUACAAAAUCUCGUGACGGCAAUGGAUGACGACGCGUACGCUUUAUUUUUGGAUUUUGAAAAAGCAUUUGAUCGCGUAAACUGGACGUACAUGUUUUACUGCUCGAGUGCAUGGUACUCGGCGCGGAGUUUCUCCAGUGGAUUCACCUACUGUAUCAUAAACCGCAAGCUCACCUAG